CCCAUAGCUCUGUCUAUUAAUUUGAGAGUGAUUACAUUUCUCCAGCCCCAUCCCUAGGCUUUUUACCGAACCAUGGGUGGGAACGCCUUUAUUGUUUUUAAUGCUGAUUGCCGAUAUUAAGUUAGGGUUUAGGUAGGGACGUCCCAAGGAUCCCGGAUAGUACAAAUCACGAUUAUGCCGAGAUUUACUGUUUGAAGUCAGCUGAUGUUGUUAAAACACCCCGUAUUCACAGACAUCAUUCAUGGAUUCUGCAAUUGAAAAGCACUGUUCAGAGCUUGUAGCCCGUGAGCGAAGCGGUCAUACGGCUCUAAUUGAGAGAAAUGUCCUGUACGUGUGGGGAGGCUACGUGUCAAUUGCUGAUGAUGAAGUUUUCCUACCUAAUGAUGAAAUCUGGUUAUAUGACUUAGAAAGAGGUGUAUGGGAAAUGUGCAGGAUGUCAGGAGAGGUCCCGCCUCCCAUGUCAGGCACCUGUGGCUGCUCUCUGAAUGGAGACAUGUACAUAUUUGGGGGAUGCGAUGACAAUGGCCAGACCAACCAGCUUUACUGUGUCAAUCUUCUGGAUGGAAAAUAUACUUGGAGGAAAGUUAACCAUAAGAGUGGCUCCCCUCCCACACCCAGAGAUAAGCUCUCUUGCUGGGUUUUCAAUGGCAGGCUCAUCUACUUUGGUGGAUAUGGUCAUAAGCAACUUGAUGACAUCAAUAACAACAGAAGCUUCCUUAUGGAUGAGGCAUCAUGGGUGGAUGACAUCUAUUGGGGAUGAAACAAUGAAGUCCAUAUGUUUGACCCAACAUCGGCCAGUUGGAGUGAACCACAUACCAGUGGUUGUGCACCUGACCCCAGAGCUGCCCAUGCCAGUGUAACACUUUGCCACAAAGGAUAUGUAUGUGGGGGCAGAAUAAGGGAAACCAGGACAAGUGACAUUUAUUGUCUAGAUCUAGAAUCAUGGACAUGGUCUGAAAUAGUACCAGCAUCCAAUGUGCCAGUGGGAAGGUCGUGGCAUACCCUCACUGCAAUAUCUGACAGCAGUUUGUUUCUAUUUGGAGGACUGAGUAUAGACUGCAAACCAAUGAGCGAUGGCUGGGUAUUUGAUGUUGGGACGAAGACAUGGAGAGAGUUUGAGCAUCCAUACACGAACAAACCAAGGUUGUGGCACACAGCAUGCCAAGGGAAAGACUCUGAUGGCAUUGUGUUUGGGGGUAGUUGCAACUACAUCCUUCUAGUAGACACAGGUCACUGCAAUGACGCACUUGUUUUCCAGAUCCAGCCCUACCCACUCUUUCGGAUAUGUGAGGAUUACAUAGCCAAGAAUGUGAAGAACUGCAAGAUGCUUGAAAAACAGCUUCCAUUUGUGCCUCCAAAACUACUGCCAGCUGUACAGAAGAGAAUAUCAUUUUUUCGGACAACAAAGAAAAUAUAGCAUUGUCAGAUAUAAAUCUUAAGGGAAAUGUUCAGUAUUAUAAACUAGGGGGUUUGAGUCCUGAAUGCUGAAUGCUCAUUGGCUGACAGCCGUGGUAAAAACAUUUAUUUUUACUAUUUACGUUGGUAACCAGUUUAUAAUAGCAAUAAGGCACCUCUGGGGUUGGUGGUGUAUGGCCAAUAUACCACAGCUAAGGGCUGUAUUCAGGCACUCCGUGUUGCAUCGUGCUAAGGACAGCCCUUAGCCAUGGUAUAUUGGCCAUAUACCACCAACCGCCGAGGUGCCGUAUUGCUUAAGUAGACUACAGUAAACUGAUAAUGCAGAGUUCAGACUAUGUUCCGCAUAUUACUGUUGAGAAGGCCUUCAUAGUAUGUGGGGCGAUUUGUCUUACAAAACAUUAUUGACUUAUUGUCAAAUGUCUUACAGUGUAUCUUACAAGGCAUUCAGAAAUUAUUCAGACCCCUUAACUUUUUCCACAUGUUAUGUUACAGCCAUCAUUACUUUAACACGUGGUCAGUCAAUCCGGAAAAUUUCAAGAACUUUAAAAGUUCCUUCAAGUACAGUCGCAAAAACCAUCAAUCGCUAUAAUGAAACUGGCUCUCAUGAGGACCCCCACACGAACAGAAGACCCAGAGUUACCUCUGCUGCAGAGGAUGAGUUCAUUAGUUACCGCCUCAGAAAUAGGAGCCCAAAUAAAUGCUUCAGAGUUCAAGUAACAGACACAUCUCAACAUCAACUGUUCAGAGGAGACUGCGUGAAUGAAGCUAGUUGAUGAAGCUAGUUGAUAGAAUGUCAAGAGUGUGCAAAGCUGUCAUCAAGGCAAAGGGUGGCUAUGAAGAAUCUAAAAUCUAAAAUAUUUUGAUUUGUUUAACACUUUUUUGGUUACUACAUGAUUCUGUGUUAUUUGAUAAUUUAUGGUUUUUACUAUUAUUCUACAAUGUAGAAAAUAGUAAAAAUAAAGAAAAACCCUUGAAUGAGUAGGUGUGUCCAAACUUUUGACUGGUACUGUAAGUAUUCAGACCCUUUGCUAUGAGACUUGAAAUUGAACUCAGGUGCAUCCUGUUUCCAUUCAUCAUCCUUGAGAUGUUUCUACAACUUGAUUGGGGUUUACCUGUGGUAAAUUCAAUUGAAUGGACAUUUGGAAAUGCUCAAAGCCCGUAACAAAAGGGAGACAUGGAGAUAAAGAAUAACAAAAUAUAUUUAUUAAUUGAAGUAAAGUAAAUACAAUUAACAAUGGUGUGUGUGUAGUCAGUAUUGUAAGUGAGUGGUUGCAUGUAUACAUGUGAUAAUUGGGGGUGUUGAAGGGUGCCAACGCAAACAAACCAAAUAGCCACAACAAUGCCACAACCAAAAUCUGCCUGUGUCUGAAUGGAGAGAGUCUCCUCAAUGAAUGUGGAAGAGGUCUAUUUAUCCUGGGACACACCCGGGCCCAGGUGUUUCCCAUGUAGCUGACGACCCUCUCAACUCCGCCCACCGACAUCCUAAUAAGGAAACAAGAGCAAAGAGAAAGAGAAUACGGUAGACAGAGUGGGAGGGUCGUCACCCCCCCCCCCCCCCCAUGAAACCGGGAACCAACAAGGACCCCGGAACAACGUACCAGCCCCUGCGUCCCAAAUUGACACGGCCUCUGCGUCCCAAAUUGACACGGCCUCUGCGUCCCAAAUUGAUGAGGGGUUACGUGUUCACACUUCCAAAUUGCCCCAGCCAACCUCCUCCCCAGACCUCAGCAACCUUCGUGCACAGCAACGUUUAAGAGAAAAGAAGAACACAAGACCAGGAGGGAACAGACAGCAAAGAUAGAACAUGACAAUACCAAACAAUGGUCAGUCACGUAAACAUUCAGGAACAGGGCACACAAGAGACCGCAUCAGCUACAAACGCCAAAGAAAAUAACAUCUCAGGGUGCUUCCUAAUUUUUACAACAUCGCCCAACGGGUCAUAGUCACUUCCCAACGAUUCAUAGUCACUUCUCAACGUAACAGAAUUUCAUGUGCCCUACUCAUCAGUGGCACCUGCCAAUAGCCCUUUAACAGGUCAAAUUUACUCACAAACCUAGCUGCUCCGACUUGAUCAACACAGUCCUCCAUCCGAGGAAGAGGAAAUUAAUCAGGCUUAGUGACACUGUUUACCUUACGGUAGUCCGUACAAAAUCUGUUUGUUCCAUCCGGUUUACUGACCAAGAUACAGGGAGGAGCCCAGCUGGAGAAAGAAGGCUCUGCUAUCUUACUCUCUAGCAUGUAUCUGACCUCAGCAUCCAGACAACGCAGUUUCUCUGAAGAAACUCUAUAGAACCGCUGACGAAUGGGGUCAGCAUCUCCAAUAUCAUGAUCUAUUAAGUUUGUACGUGUGGGUGUAUCAGAAAACAAACCUGGAAAUCUCUGAAUCAGACCAACCAUCUCUUUCCGCCCAUCAACAGGUAGAGGAGUGAGAAGGCUGUCUAAAAUAUCCAGUGUCUCUGAAUUUUUCAAUCUACCCUGCAGUAUGCAAUCGUCAGGACCAGGAACAUCUUCCCUCCUCAUUCACAGACCUAGCCUGAGAAGAACCCAAGGAAAUAACGGUAUCAGCCAAAAGAACAGGUUACCGUCCUCUGUAGAUUCCCACUGUUCAGUCUCAGAGGAACGUGCAUAAUAGGGUUUUAACAAAUGUACAUGGCACAGUUGGUGUGCUUUCCUCCGUUCUGGAGUGGCAACUAGAUAAUUUUGCUCAGUGUACUGGAGCACCACUGUAUAUGGACCUUGAAACUUGGCUUGAAAAGGUGUUUCCAUUUAUUUGGAAAAGGUACACACCUGUCUAUUUAAAGGUCCCACUGUUGACAGUGCAUGUCAGAGCAAUAACCAAACCAUGAUGUUGAAGGAAUUGUUCAUGGAGCUCCGAGACAGGAUUUGUGUCGAAGCACAGAUCUGAGGAAGGGCAGUGGCAGUUCUAGACCAUUUCAACUGGGGGGGCCAAGCUGGGGCCAGUUGUACUGUUAGAGGGGCCAGUUACAUUAGACGUUAUUGUUAUCGUUUUCUUCAGGCAUUAGCAGGCAAAAGACCAUGUUCAUAAUCAUCAUCGUUGCCACUGUCUAAUAACUAAUGUAAAAAAACGAACGAAAACAAAAAUUUGUUAUGUAAAAAUGUAUUCAUACUCCACAUUUAGGGGGGCCACAAGGGGGGCACUGCCCCCCCCAGAACCGCCACUGGGGAAGGGUACCAAAAAAUAUUCUGAAGCAUUGAAGGUCCCCAAAAACACAGUGGCAUCCAUCAUUCUUAACAAUGGAAGAAGUUUGGAACCACCAAGACUCUUCCUAGUGCUGGCCUCCCAGCCAAACUGUGCAAUUGGGGGAGAAGGGCGCAGUGGUCUAAGGCACUGCAUCUCAGUGCUUGAGGCGUCACUACAGACACUGUCGCCUGGGAUUAGCCGGUAUAGGCCGUCAUUGUAAAUAAGAAUGUUCUUAACUGACUUACCUAGUUAAAUAAAAGGGCCUUGGUCAGGGAGGUGACCAAGAACCCGAUGGUCACUCCAGAGUUCGUCUGUGAAGAUGGGAGAACCUUCCAGAAGGACAACCAUCUCUGCAGCACUACCAAUCAGGCCUUUAUGGUAGAGUGGCUAGAUGUAAGCCACUCAGUAAAUACACAUGACAGCCCGCUUGGAGUUUGCCAGAAGGCACCUAAAGGAUGAUGAAACCAAGAUUGAACUCUUUGGCCUGAAUGCCCAAGCAUCAUGUCUGGAGGAAACCUGGCACCAUCUCUACGGUAAAGCAUGGUGGUGGCAGCAACAUGCUGUGGCGAUGUUUUUCAGCGGCAGGGACUGGGAGACUAGUCAGGAUCGAGGGAAAGAUGAACAGAGCAAACACAGAUCCUUGAUAAAAAACCUGCUCCAGAGCGCUCAAGACCUCAGACUGGGGUAAAGAUUCACCUUCCAACAGGACAACAACACUAAGCACACAGCCAAGACAACACAGCCAAGACAACGCUUCGGGCCAAUUCUCUGAAUGUCCUUGAGUGGCCCAGCCAGAGCUCGGACUUGAACCUAAUCAAACAUCUCUGGAGAGACCUGAAAAUAGCUGUGCAGCGAUGCUCCUCAUCCAACCUGACAGAGUUUGAGAGGAUCUGCAGAGAAGAAUGGGAGAAGUUCCCCAAAUACAGGUGUGCCAAGCUUGUAGCGUCAUACCCAAGAAGCCUCAAGGCUGUAAUCGCUACCAAAGGUGCUUUAACAAUGUACUGAGUAAAGGGUCUGAAUACUUAUAUAAAUGUGAUAUUUUCCCAUUUUUUUAUUUUAUUUGUAAUACAUUUGCAAAAAUUUCUAAACCUGUUUUUGCUUUGUCAUUAUGGGGAAGUGUGUGUGUCGAUUGAGGGAAAAAUAACAAUUUAAUACAUUUUAGAAUAAGGCUGUAACGUAACAAAAUGUGGAAAAAGUCAAGGGGUCUGAAUAAUUUCCGAAUUAACUGUAUAUGAUGACUAUGAAUGGAUGUGUAUUCUGCCUGCAACAAAAGCAAAGGCAUUUUAAUAAAGAAGACUGUUGUAA